UUUCAGGAUAUCUGUCGUUUUAUUAUCGUCGUCUGACAUUCUUGUUCCAGACUAGGGGCGAUCGUUGUAUAUUUAUCUCUAUGGCUAAUAAUUAUGCCGCAAACUUCAUCAUUCUCAUCACUGUUAUUUUUGUUUUCGCCUUUUUACCACUUACAAAAGUAGACGCCAAAGUUGAGUCAAGUGAUGAAGGAACAGUGAAGGAAAAUAUUGGAAGAACUAAGACGAGCUCGAAAACGGAUGAUGAAGUUGUUCAGAGGGAGGAGGAAGCAAUUAAACUGGAUGGUCUUUCUGUUGCAGAGAUGAAAGAAUUGAGAACUCGAGCCGAGAAACACAGCUUUCAGGCUGAAGUAAAUCGUAUGAUGAAACUGAUUAUUAACUCUUUGUAUAAAAACAAGGAGAUUUUCCUUCGUGAGUUGAUAUCAAAUGCUUCGGACGCAUUGGACAAAAUUCGGAUGUUAUCAUUGACAGAUCCAUUGGUUCUUUCUGCUACUGAUGAACUUUCAAUUCGGAUUAAGGCAGAUCCAGAAAAUCACAUGUUGCAUGUAACGGACACUGGCAUUGGAAUGACAAAAACAGAUUUGAUCAAUAAUUUGGGUACGAUUGCACGAUCAGGAACAUCAGAGUUCUUGUCAAAGCUGUUGGAUUCUUCCACAUCACUGGAACAACAACAGGACAUGAUUGGACAGUUCGGUGUCGGUUUCUACUCUUCCUAUCUUGUUGCAGAUCGUGUUGUCGUAACUUCAAAACACAAUGAUGAUGAUCAGUACAUCUGGGAAUCUGACAGUUCUUCAUUCACGGUUGCAAAAGAUCCUCGGGGUGCGACUCUUAAGCGUGGUACACAAGUUACAUUGCAUCUGAAGGAAGAAGCUUAUGACUUCCUAGAAGCCGAUACAUUGAAGAACUUAGUGGAAAAGUAUAGUCAGUUCAUCAAUUUUAACAUCUACUUGUGGCAGUCGAAGACGGAAACAGUUGAAGAACCCAUUGAUGAAACAGAAAAAAUAACUGACGAAAAGACUGAAGAUGGUGAUGGUAAGGUUGAGGAGGACAAAACGGAACCGAAAACCAAAAAGGUCGAAAAGACAACAUGGGAUUGGGAAAAAAUCAACAAUGUGAAGCCAAUAUGGAUGCGAAAGAAUGAUGAUGUUGAAAUGGAGGAAUACAAAGAAUUUUACAAGAGCAUCACUAAGGACCAAGAAAACCCUCUUGCAUAUGUACAUUUUACAGCUGAAGGGGAGGUCACCUUCAAAUCCAUUCUCUAUGUUCCUCGACAUAGUCCAUUCGAUAUGUUUCAGAAUUAUGGAAAGGGUACAGACAAUAUCAAACUGUAUGUACGUCGUGUUUUCAUCACCGAUGAUUUUCAUGAUAUGAUGCCGAAGUAUUUAUCUUUCAUCCGUGGAAUUGUAGAUUCGGAUGAUCUUCCACUGAAUGUUUCUCGUGAAACGCUUCAACAGCAUAAACUUUUGAAGGUUAUUAAGAAGAAGCUUGUAAGGAAAGUACUGGAUAUGCUCAAGAAGAUGGAACCUGGUGAUUUUGAACAUUUUUGGAAGGAAUACAGCACAAACAUCAAGCUAGGUAUCAUGGAAGAUCCCACAAACAGAACACGUCUUGCAAAGCUCUUGCGUUUCUAUUCUUCUCAUAAAAAAGACGAGAUGAUUUCACUUGCUGAGUACGUGAGCCGAAUGAAGGAUAAACAAGAAAUGAUCUUUUAUGUAGCUGGAAGUUCACGAGAAGAGGUGGAAUCUUCGCCUUUUGUUGAACGUUUGCUGAAGAAAGGAUAUGAGGUAUUAUAUUUGGUGGAGGCUGUUGACGAAUAUGCUAUUCAAUCGAUGCCGGAAUUCGACGGAAAGAAAUUCCAGAAUGCUGCCAAGGAAGGAUUGAAAAUUGAUGAUGGUGAAAAGAAUAAGGAAAUGCAAGAGCAGCUAGAAAAGGAAUAUGAGCCAUUGACGGAUUGGCUCAAAAACGUGGCUCUGAAGGAUAAGAUUGAGAAAGCACUCGUUUCGCAACGUUUGGUACAAUCACCAUGUGCGCUUGUCGCAUCUUCUUACGGUUGGUCAGGCAACAUGGAACGGAUCAUGAAAUCUCAAGCGCAUUCGAAAUCUUAUGACCCAACUCAGGAAUUUUACGCAAAUCAGAAGAAAACAUUCGAAAUCAAUCCACGCCAUCCUGUUAUCAAGGAACUAUUACGUCGUGUGCAAUCUGGAGAAAGUAACGAGAAAGCAACUGAUACAGCUUUGCUGCUGUUUGAAACGGCUACAUUACGGUCUGGUUUCACUCUGAAUGAUCAAAUUGGAUUUGCUGAACGAGUUGAGCAGAUUCUUCGUCGAACGAUAAACGUAUCACCGGAUGAACCAGUGGAAGAAGAACCUGAAAUUGAGGAAGAGGGUGAAAACAAAGAGUCUGUCGAGGGAAAAGAUGAGGCGAAGCAUUCAGAACUAUGAAUUUUAUGUUCUUAUCAUUUUAUGUGCAAAGUUGUUGAUUAUGGGUGAAGCGAGACUUACUGGUUAAGUUUAAACAACCACCACAACUAAAAUUAUUUUCUGUAAAAACUGUCCCAAAACUUCAAGCAGUCUAAAGUUUAGUAUGUGAUGUACGCUGAUUUGGCAACUACCUCUAUAAGUUUUCGAAAAUUUCGAUCGUGUUCGUUCGAAAUGUUGUGUUUGUUGGCUUUAUAUUUUUUUAACAUUUAUUUUACAUUAAUUUUGUUUUAAAUAAUCAUUUAUAGAUAAGGAUACUUAAUUUCGAACAUAAACUUAGUUGAGAUCACACUGUCACCACCAUUUAAACCAUCAGUAUCACUAGUUUCGGUUGUAACGUUCAAAGCUUGACAUCAUUAUUGUUGCUGCCUUUCGAUGAUCUAGCAAGUGUUAAUUUAUUGUUGUCUUCCCUUAAUAUCUGUUGUUUCAAAUUUAGUUCCUC